GUUUUCUCGGGGAGAUUUACUCGCGCGCAGAUUAAUUGCCCAGAAGAAAAACGAACCUGGCGGGCCGUCAACUAACAAAUUCACUACUACAACUACGUAGCGCAUUUCGGCGAGCUUUUGUGGUCGGAAUGUCUUCCAAACCUCAGUACACCCUAAGCGUAGUGGAUGGGGAUCUGUUCUCCGCCCCCAAUACCUAUUCCUUGGCGCACUGUGUGGGCGCCGAUCUUGCGAUGGGUGCUGGAAUUGCCGUGCAGUUUAAGAAGGUAUUCGGAAGGUUGGACGAGCUGCAAGCCCAAAAGGCGGGCAGUGGAGAUAUUGCGGUGCUGAAGGAUGACCAGCGGUACAUUUACUACCUGGUAACCAAGCCUCAGAGUUGGGGAAAGCCCACCUACGAAUCUUUACAAGCAUCUUUGGAGCAGAUGCGCGAGCAUAUGCGCAAAAACAACGUGGAUAAGCUGGCCAUCCCGAAAAUUGGCUGCGGAAUCGAUGGCUUGGAAUGGGAAAAAGUCAACGGAGUCCUAGAGUACGUUUUUGGCCAAGAGCCUCUGGAGAUUGUGGUCUACAAUUUUGUGCCGCCGCAGGGAAAAUAAUGGAUUGUUCAUUUUAAUAUGUGCCCUUUACUUCUUAGCAACAUAAUUAUAAACGACCAGCUCAACAGAA